AUGAAGUCUAUUUUCAUACUCUCAAGCCUCUUCCUCGUGUCCGCAACCGCAACCUCAUGCAAUCCAAGCACCCUCAACGCCACCACCUACCUGUACCCCAUAACCAAACAAGGUACAACAGUCUUCGACGUCGCAAGAGCCACAAAUCGCGGCGUCUGUGACAUCGGCCGCCAAAAUCUCAUGGCCGACGUCACAAUCAUUCCCAACGUGGGUCAGCAGCUCUUAAUCCCGCCGCAGACAUGCACCCCAGACAACGAGAGCUGUCUGCUCCCUGAAACAAACAGAACGCGCACCUGUAUUGACGGCGGUCCGCGCCUCUACUACACCGUCAACGGAGAUACAUACGAGCGUAUUGCGCAGCGGCUGAAUAUAUCCACCGAGGCAUUAACCUCGCAUGCGCUGGGCGACGAGUCUGUUUCUGCAACAGACGAGCUAGACCCCGGCCGCUUCGUCAAGGUGCCCCUCUGCGAACCGAGUCGGUGUGUGUUGAAGCCGUAUCAGUUUAGUGCCGGGGUGUAUAAAGAUCUUGCGGAGGAGUUUGGGACGACCGUGGGGCAGAUUAUGAUGCUGAGUCCGACUUAUAAUUACAGCAGCCAGGCGUUUAUGCCCGGUGGGACGUUUCCGCCGAUUAAUGUGUUGGUGAACUGUACGCAGUCCAGUAAUGUUACUGUUUUGGCUUAA